UAAAUCCUUCCUCAAGAAAUAUCAGAAGAGCACAUGAAAUUGUUAGGGAAGAAAGAGUAUAUCUAUGAACUACAAUAUGAUUCCUAAUUAGUCAUGCAUCUAGAAAACAGAGAACUGUCAUCAGUCAUUUUAGGGAAGACUUGCAAACAUGCUGUGUUUUCAAGGGUAGUUGAGGGAAAGCUUGCACAUAGAUGUGACAAAUGGGUUGGAACCAUAGUUUCUAGUAAUGGAAGCUUUGAACUGGGGUUCUUCUGUUCUGGAAGCUCUGGUAGGAGUUGUUACUUGGGAAUUUGGUUCAGGAAAGUCUCAGUUCAUGCUGUUGUUUGGGUUGCAAACAAGUGCAGCCCAAUAGACGACUUGUCAGGUGUUUUGGUGAUAAAUAGCACAGGCAAUUUGGUGCUCCUCAGUCAAAGCAGGAGUGUUGUUUGGGCAUCAAAUUCAAAGAUAGAAGCUCAAAACCCAGUAGUGCGGCUCCAGGAUUCUGGAAAUCUUGUUCUGAAAGAUAGAAUUGAUGGUAAAUCAGAAAUACUUUUUUGGCAAAGCUUUGACUAUCCUACUGAUACUUUGCUGGCGGGAAUGAAACUUGGAUGGGACUUAAGGGUUGGUCUUAAUAGGCAACUAUCAGCAUGGAAGUCCCAAGAUGAUCCAUGCCCUGGAGACUUAACUUAUGGGAUGGCGCCAUAUAAUUUUCCUGAUACUGUUAUGUGGAAAGGCUCAAAGAAGUACUUCAUGUUAGGACCCUGGAAUGGCAAUGGAUUCAGUGGUCAAAUGCAGUUCAAUAGCAAUCAGUAUUUAAUGUUCAACAUGACCUCAAAUGAAGAGGAGACUUACUUCAUGUUUUACAUCAGUAACAUAUCAUUAAUCACAAGGCUUACUUUGACCAUACUUCCAGUAGGGUAGAGGGCUCCAUAUGGAAAGAAGAUGCUGGGACUUGGAUAUUGUUCAGUCAUUAUCCAAGGAAUGAUUGUGACAACUAUGGAACUUGUGGCACAUAUGGAACUUGUGUCAAUUAAGUGUCGCCACCUUGUCAAUGUUUGAAAGUUUCAAGUUUAAAUCACAUGAAGGGAACUCAAUGGACUGGUAGCAGGGGUGCAUGUGCAAUAACUCAUUAGACUGCCAGAAAGGAGAUAGGUUUAUCCAAUUUGGUGGGUUGAAACUCCCAGACACUGAAACGCUCUUGGGUUAAUGAAAGCAUGGAUCUCAAUCAGUGUAGGGCUAAAUGCUUAGAGAAUUGUUCUUGUAUGACCUAUACAACCUUAGAUAUUAAAGAAGCCAGCAAGUGUGCAAUCUGGUAUUGUGAUCCACUUGAUCUUAAACAGGUCCAGUUUUCUGGACAAGAUUUAUAUAUUCGAGUGUCUGCUGCUGAUUCUGGUAUUGGGUUACUCUUAGUUCAACCUAGCAUUUCAUUAAGUUAUGUUAUGAUUCCUAAUUUCAUAUUUAUGUUUGGUGUUACCAAUUUUAAUUUCAGUCAAUAUGUGGAACUAGUUCAUUGCUAGGACUCUAACUCAUAUAUUUCUUUGUUUUAUGGAAUUAGACCAUGAAGAGACAAAAGGCAAGAAUAAAAUGAAGGCAGCACUAAUAAUUGCAAUUGCCAUUCUUGUAGUUAUUAGUGUUGUUGUAAUCACCUAUUACAUUAGCAGGAGCCGUCAAAACAUAAAAGGUAAGUUUCUUU